CAAUCAGUCUAUUAAUGAAAUAUAAUUUUAUAAAUAAAUAUAUCUAAGUCUACAUAAUUUAUUUGUAUUGACUAAUAAAGUAUACUCUAAUUGUUAGUAUAUUUAAAUUAUUGUUUAAGUUAUUUAGUAAAAAGUUUGUUUAAAAUGUUACUAUUAUUGGUGGCAUUAGUUGCCGUUUUGCUGGUAGUCUACGUGGUUUACCGCAAACGGCACUUCUCAUUAUUAGAGAGGAAUGGUAUCUAUGGCCCUAAACCAAGUAUAAUAUCCGGAAAUAUUGCUGAUGUUGUCAAAAUGCCAUCCAUUGAAAGACACGACAGUUUGGUCAAAAAAUAUGGUAAAAUUGUAGGAUAUUAUAUUGGAUGGCGUCCAACGGUUUUAGUAGCCGAUCCCGAUUUGGCAAAAAGUAUACAAAUUAAAGAUUUCCACUAUUUUGCCGAUAGGCCUCAUAUGACACUGAAACACGGUCUACACCCGAACCCAUCGCUGUCGAAGAUGUUGAUCCGCGAUCAGGGAAAGCGCUGGAAGGAAGUGAGGAGUGCACUGACACCGACAUUCAGUGGGGCUAAGCUCAGGAUUAUGACACCUAUUGUCAAUGACGCCAUCAAUAACCUCCUCGAUAUCAUUGAUCGCCAGUCGAAAUCAGGCGAAGAGUUUGACAUAUAUGAUAUGUUUCAAAACUUGACUACCGAUGUCAUCGGACGGACAGCUUUUGGUAUACAAAGUAAUGUCCAAAACAAAGAAAACGACAAAUUCUUAAAUGCGGCCAAAGAUGUCUUCAAUAUGUCAAUCAAUCAGUGGAUGUUUUUUCUUAUUCAAUGCUUUCCGAGCACCGAUACUGUACUUUACCCGUACAGACGCUUCAAAGAAAUGAUUGACCAUAAACUGGGAAAAUCACCGAACGGUAUAUUAUUAGAUAUGGCCAGAGAUAUCGUUCAAAUCCGAAAACAGAAUCCAAAUAAUCGUCGAAAAGAUUUGUUGCAACUUAUGUUAGACACAAAAAUAUCAACCGAUGACAUCUCAUACGAUAAGAUGGUCGCCGGCAAUGAUGUCGACGUUAAAGAAAGCGAUAACAACAACACAUCCACCAAAAAGAAUGGUUCUGCAAAUGGCGGCGGAAGACGACUAAGUAAAACUGAAAUCACUUUAACUGAAGAGGAGAUCCAAGCAAACUGUGUCCUCUUCUAUGAAGCCGGUUAUGAGACCACAAGUACGGCUCUGGGAUUUAUGGCACAUAUACUCGUUAAUUAUCCAGACGUUCAAGAAAAGGUCAGACGAGAAGUACAACAGUUGUAUGAAAGCGAAGGAAAAUUGGAUUUCAAUACAGUCAACAAACUCGAGUACAUGGAGUGUGUGCUCAAUGAAACUAUGAGAGUAUAUCCGCCGGUCAUCACAUUUGUCUCCAGAGAGUGUCUCCAGGACUACAAAUACAAAGACAUAACUAUACCAAAAGGUGCAGCCGUUCAAGUGGCCACAUAUUAUCUGCAUCACGAUCCAGACUAUUGGUCCGAACCGGAAAAGUUUGAUCCGGACAGAUUCAGUGCCGAACGUAAACAUGAGAUCUACCCGUCCUCGUGGCAACCAUUUGGAAGUGGACCGCGAAACUGUAUUGGUCUCAGGUUUGCUCUAUUCGAGGCUAAACUAGCGUUGGCUAAACUGUUGCUCGCAUACCGAUUGGAAUCGGUACCUAAAACCGAAAUCGGCAAACUGACCACACAAGUCAAGAUACUAACGCUCACACCUAAAAAUGGUGUCUGGGUUAAGGCAGUCAAGCUAUAAACUAAUUAAAGUUUAAUUUUUAUGUGUGAUAAUUAA